AUUAGAAAACAAACAUUUCGUCUCUGCACUUUACCUUUACCUCAGCAGCUUCGUCCUGAUACAGUUCACAACCGCAGGAUGUCCGCAGAAUGGAUCUGUGUACGCCGUCGACAGGACGAGUGCCGCCGUUAUCUCGAUCAGUUCAAAGUUUUUGACCAUCCACUAAAACAGUCCACGAUAACGGUUCUGGAAUGUCGCGGCACGAGGAAUAAAACACCACUAGCUGGCACCAAUGGCACCGUAAUGGUGGGACCGACAGCGGCCACACUGUCACUUGAUCCGCUCAGUCUCGCCUUCGACGGUUCGGAUCCGCUGAGCCAGUUCGCGAAGCAGCAGGAAACUUCGCUGGGCAAAGACCCACUCUCGCGGAUGGUGGCCGAGAUGGAAGAUCUAACGGUCGCGUCGGUACCGACCGUGCCGGGUGGGGCGGGCAAGCCGGCGAAGGAACCGACCAACUUGCUGGAAAUGGAACUGAUCGAACCGUGGGCCGCUCGCCGGGGGGCGAUCCUCAACCGGUACACCACCUCCGAGAAGUUGUCGAUCGUGACGAGCUUUCUGACCGGCGGUGAAACCAUCAAACCGCAGACGACAAUGUCGGAGAAGGUCAAACAUCGGCUAGAACAGUUGGAUGACUUCGAGGAGGGUUCCGUGCGCCAGAUGCUCGAUCUGUCCCAGCAGGAGUACGUGGUGAAGAUCGAGCAGCUGAACCACGAGCUGGUGCAGGCGUGGAAUCAGGAUCAGCGCGUGAAAGCGCUCAAGAUUGCGAUCCAGUGCUCGAAGCUGCUCUCCGACACGUCCGUCAUCCCGUUCUACCCGUCCAAGUUUGUCCUGAUCACCGACAUUCUCGACAUCUUCGGUCGGCUCGUGUACGAACGGUUGCGCACCAAGGCCGAGUACGUGCACCCGGGGACGCGCGAAGCAACCUCCCUGCCCGAAAGCUUCACCCCGGAAAUGGUGCCCGAGUCGGCCAAGGAGACCUGCGCCAAUUGGUUCUACAAAAUCGCUUCGAUCCGCGAACUGUUGCCCCGGCUGUACGUGGAGAUUGCCAUCCUGCGGUGCUACAGCUUUCUGGCCCGGGACGAGUUCAGUCAGGCGUUGCGCCGGCUCACGAAAAUGAUACGCGGCAUCGGCGAUCCGCUGGUGGCGAUCUACGCCCGGUGCUACCUGUGCCGCGUCGGCAUGGGACUUACGCUCGAUCGGACGUACAUACGCGAAAACCUGGACGACGUGCUGACGGUCUACCACACGAUCUUCAACGGUGGAAUCCGCUCGGAGAUCGCACGGCAUCGCGUCACGCUGAACGGUUACAUUGCUCUGUACCUGCCGGCACUCGAUUGGAUCCUGCAGGGUGUCACGAUCCUGACCACCGACGGCGAGCUGGACGAAAUUAUGCAGCGGUGCAAGGAGAAACGCAAUCCGGCCCUCUUACUCCAAUCGAUGCUGCAGUCGUUCCGCUCGGAAUUUAUCGCCGUGCGGGCCGCACAGCUGGUGCAAACGCUGUCGGCCGUGUCGGAGGAGGGCCUUUCGCGGGGUCAACUGUUGCGGUUGUUGGGCAGCAUUCUCGGCCACACUCCGCCACCGGCCGAACAGCGAGCGACGGUGCUGGCGAACGCCUGGAAAACGAUCAGCAGCAUGGGCAGCGUCGAGGAGUACAUUCAGUGCGCGGAAAUGUGGGCCCAGUACACGAGCCAACACUUUGGACUGCGAGAAAUCGACUCGUUCAUGGGUGACAUCCUACAGCAUAUGGCCCCGAACCGAGCCUAUGAACAGCACUACCACGAGCUGCAAGUGAUCGUCGACAAGAUCGUCUCCAAUGCACAGGACAUUCACGGCAUCAUGGCGCUGGACAACUUUCUUCCCCUACUCGAUCUGUUCCAAAAAGAGUCGAUCAAGCUGGAGGUUUGCAAGAACAUCCUUACGAGCUACCGAAACGCAUCGGCCAGCGAUACGAUGAUCAUCAAUGAUCCGGUCGUGACCAACGCGCUCAUGCACAUCAGCCGAGUGUUGAAUGAUUCCGUAAAUGCCCUCACAGGGGAUGAUGAACGGCGUCAGAUAAGCGGCCUGAUUUGUCACUUCGUCCGGAAGGUCGACUUUGGGCGUGACUUUGAGCAGCAGCUGGCAUUCUACGUUGAGGCCCGUUCGGUUCUUUCCAACCUGGAUUCGGCCUUGUCCACGCUCAUCCAUUCCGUCAACCGGUUGGCGACGAGCACACGCCGCAUCGUGCGGGGUCAGCACACACAGAAAACGGGUGCGUUCGUGAAGGCGUGUGCCGCGUACUGCUUCAUCACGAUUCCGUCCAUCAUCGACGUGCGGACGCGCAUGGAGCUGUACCUGCAGUCGGGCCAGGUGGCGCUGCUUAACGUGUGCCUCCAGCAGGCCGAUUCGUGCUUCGAAGCGGCCCUCAAUCUCAUUCUCGAAGUACCGCGCGCGAUGGAAAUCGACGGAAAGAUGCAAUCGAGUGAUGCAUUCCUCAAGACGUACGUCGUUAACUUUCUUUCCACGCUCGUCAUCGUACCGGACAAUCCGACGCAGGGUGUACUGUAUUUGCUCCGGCUGUUGCUUGACGUGGUGCCGAACUAUCCGUUCGAAGGAAGCCCGUCUACGACGCUGUCCAGCAUCUAUCUGCACGUGCUCGACUUCCUGUCCGUCGCUGCCCAGGAAGUGUAUCCGUACCACAUCGUGAACGUAAUCUCGAACGACGAACUGUACGGUUCCGAUCCGAAGUUUAUUGCCGAAGUGAACGAGCUGUGCUGUUCGGUGUGCGAUAAGCUGCUCCAGCAGCUGAAGGCACUCCUGGACGCGAACGCGCACCGCGCUCAGGCUCAGCUCGCCCUCGACCUGUUUCUGAAGAUUAUCACCGGGGCCGAUCUGACGGUGGAUAAAAUGUUCACCCUGGCGUACAAUCUGUGGAACCUGACGGUCAAAAAUAGACAGGUUCUCGACGGCAAGCAGCUGCAAACCGUGCUUUCGUACACGGAACACUUGGCGGAGGUCACACAGGUCGAAACACAGCACCAGUGUUUGAUAGCGUUGUUGGAAAAAAUGAAAUCACGGCUGUAG